AUGUCCCAUCAAGAGAAGCAAAAACACAUCAUCGUUAUCGGCGCUGGCGCAGGCGGUACUGCUGCUGCGGCUCGUCUGGCUCGCGAAGGCUUCAAGGUGACCGUGGUGGAAAAGAACGACUUUAAUGGCGGUCGAUGCUCGCUUAUUCAUCAUGAAGGCUACCGCUUCGAUCAAGGACCGUCGCUAUAUCUGAUGCCCAAGCUAUUCAAGGAUACAUUUGCCGACUUGGACGAGCGCAUUCAAGACCAUCUGAACUUAUUGCGGUGCGAAAAUAACUACAAGGUCCAUUUUGACGAUGGUGACAAGAUCCACUUGAGCUCUGACUUGACACGGAUGAAGCCCGAAAUGGAGCGUAUUGAAGGUGUCGACGGUUUUGGCCGGUUUCUUGACUUUUUGGGUGAGACGCACGAGCAUUAUGAACGCGGUACACUCAUUGCCAUCAAGCGCAACUUUGAGUCUAUCUGGGAUAUGAUCCGUAUCAAGUAUGCACCUGAAAUCUUUAAGCUCCAUCUAUUUGACCGCAUCUAUGCACGCGCAUCCAAGUAUUUCAAAACCAAGAAAAUGCGCAUGGCCUUUACUUUCCAAACGAUGUAUAUGGGAAUGUCACCAUAUCACGCCCCUGCUGUAUACAGUUUGCUCCAGUACACUGAGUUUGCGGAAGGCAUAUGGUAUCCAGAAGGCGGUUUCAACAUGGUCGUCCAAAAGUUGGAGAAGAUUGCCAGAGACAAGUAUGGCGCCACGUUCCGCUACGACUCCCCAGUGGCCAAGAUCAACACCGAAAGCAAUCAAGCAACGGGUGUUACCUUGGAAUCCGGAGAAGUGAUCCAAGCUGACGCAGUAGUAUGUAAUGCAGAUCUGGUCUAUGCGUACCACAAGCUCCUCCCGCCCUGUCGCUGGACACAAAACACUUUGGCUAGCAAGAAGCUCACAUCGUCAUCGAUUUCGUUCUAUUGGUCCAUGGAUCGCAAGGUUUCUGAGCUCGACGUGCACAAUAUCUUUUUAGCCGAAGCCUAUCGUGAGAGCUUUGACGAGAUCUUUGACGAUCACACCUUGCCAUCCGAGCCGUCGUUCUAUGUCAAUGUUCCCUCGCGCAUUGAUCCCAGUGCUGCACCAGAGGGCAAAGAUUCUAUUAUUGUCCUGGUGCCUAUCGGCCACAUGCGCGGUAUAAACCCAACGGAAGACUAUGAAGCACUUGUUGACCGCGCGAGAACCAUGGUGCUCGAUGUGCUUCGCCGGCGACUUGGCCUUGACCACUUGCAAGACUGGAUUGUCAACGAGAUUGUCAACGACCCUGCAGUAUGGCAGAAAAAGUUCAACUUGUGGCGCGGUUCCAUCUUGGGCUUAUCACACGAUGUCCUCCAAGUGCUGUGGUUCCGUCCUUCUACAAAGGACUCGACUGGCCGGUUCAACAAUUUGUUCUUUGUGGGUGCUUCGACGCAUCCAGGCACAGGUGUUCCGAUCGUACUUGCCGGCAGUAAAUUGACAUCGGACCAAGUAUGCAAGCAUUUCAACAAGACACCCAAGCCCUCGCAAUUGAAGGAAGUGGCGCACGUGUAUGAGCCUGAGCGUGUCGCUGCUGCAUCGUACUGGUACUCUUUGCUCUCAUUGUUCAUUCUGGUGUUUGCGUUUUUCGUCAGCUUCCCGUCUGAGCAACUGGGGCACCCCACUGCGGCUGCGUUCAUAAAUUCAUGCUUGCCGGUCCAAUUCCGUGUAGCCGUCUACGAAUAA